AUGGGGAAAGUUUCCUGCUGUGGCAUGAAAUAAAGGUAACAUAGAAAAUGACAGCAAGACUUCAAAGAACAACGCUUGCUUUGCUUUUCCUUGGCCUCUUUGGGGUCCCGGAGGCAACAAUAUCUUGCAGAAGUGAAGAAGGCGAAGCUGUGGAUUGGUUUACCUUUUAUAAGUUACCUAAAAGACAAGACAAGGAAAGUAGAAAGACUGGGUUAGAGUAUCUAUACCUAGACUCUACAACCAGAAGCUGGAGGAGGAGUAAGCAAUUAAUAAAUACCACCAAGAGUGUUUUGGGAAGGACCUUAGAACAGCUGUAUGAAGCAUAUGCCUCCAAGAAUAACAACACUGCCUACCUAAUAUACAAUGAUGGAGUCCCUAAAUCUGUGAAUUACAACAGAAAGUAUGGACACACCAAAGGAAUAUUGCUGUGGAACAAAGUCCAGGGGUUCUGGCUGAUACAUUCUAUUCCCCAGUUUCCUCCAAUUCCUGAAGAAGGCUAUGAUUAUCCACCCACAGGGAGACGAAAUGGACAAACUGGCAUCUGCGUAACUUUCAAGUACAACCAGUACGAAGCAAUAGAUUCUCAACUCUUGGUCUGCAACCCAAAGAUUUAUAGCUGUUCCAUCCCGUCUACCUUUCACCAGGAGCUUGUUCACAUGCGCAAGCUCUGUGCCAGCUCCAACUCAUCAGAGAUCCCUAGCCGGCACCUCAUCACACUUCAGUCAGCCCAGGGACAAAACUUCUUCCAUUUUGCAAAAUCUGAUUCUUUUCUUGAUGACAUUUUUGCAGCCUGGAUGGCUCAACGAUUGAAGACGCACUUGCUAGCAGAAACCUGGCAGCGAAAGAGACAAGAGCUUCCUUCAAACUGCUCCCUUCCUUACCAUGUCUACAAUGUCAAAGCAAUUAAAAUAUCUGAACAUUCUUAUUUCAGUUCUUAUCAGGAUCAUGCCAAAUGGUGUAUUUCACAAAAGGGCACGAAAAAUCGCUGGACAUGUAUUGGAGACCUAAAUCGGAGCCCAUACCAAGCUUUCAGAAGUGGAGGAUUCAUUUGUACCCAGAAUCAGCAUAUUUACCAAGCGUUUCAAAGAUUAGUUUUGUAUUAUGAGAACUGUAACUAAACUUGGUGAAAAGACACAUGUACUAUCAUUUUGAACAUUGACGAUGGGUCUUCUUCC